UUUAAUUUUCUCUUCGAUCACUGGUUCCCCCAAAUUUCUACUGGGGAAAAGUUUAAAACUUCCUUGAAAAUUUCCUUUCCCUCCCAAAAUCCAUGAAUUUCCCUCACCAAAUUAGAAGUUCUCUCCACAUCUUCACCACUCUGCUCUCUCUAGUUGUGUUGUUCCUCCACCAAAUCGACCAUCUUAUGCAUCAACGUGAUCUACCGAUUCAGACCACCUCCAUUUAAUCUAUCACUUGGCGACGAAUCACACGCGCCACCAGACGGGGAGCCUCCUCUGUUCAACGAUACCUAUACCACUUGUCUACACCAUUGACAUACGGUUAUCACGCGCCAUGUUACUCAACAUUCCCCUCAUUCUACUAUCACUUUGAUACGGUUGGCUUGGAAAAUGCUUGUUCGAGUUUUCUUGAUUAAAAAGCUGCUUUAUGAAUUGCUGAAGAAACUGAAUUUUGAAUCGAAGCAUGAGGUUAGUCAUUCGGCCACAUAUUACGUAAGUUCCUUGUUGAUUUACAGGCACUGUGGAUAUGGUUCUGGAUCUCACCGCUUGAAGGGGAGGUAAUGGCAACUAUAUACGCGAAAUUGGGAUUCUAGGGUUCGUAUUUGGGAUUCUGGUAAUGUUGAUACUGAUGCUUGGGAAGGAGGAACAAUCUGACAACAUAAAUUAGCACGAUGACCAGCCCAGGCUUGUGAUAGUCCAGGUGUAGGUUAUGGCAUUCAUCAGCGUGGGAGAUAGAAAAAUAAUCUGACCAUGCCCAGAAAAAUGUAUACAAUUGUUUUUUAGAUGGGCAAUCAUUCAAGGAGUGGCAAUGCUUUUACAAACAUAUAUGAAAGACAGAGAAUCUAUACACGUACUGCACUAGGUAAGAUGCACAAUCAAAAUGUCAACCCUGGCUGCACCUACCCUUUGACGUCCUUGAAAAGCUCGUCAAUCAUCUCGCCUAUAAUAUAUUAUAUUAGACUGCUGCUAGAUUCAGUUACGAUCAUGGCUGCUGCUGCUGCACAUUUGGGCGUUGGUUCCGUAACCACCCCUCUCGAUGGUGAUUCAUCGUUUCGGAAAGCACAUUUCAAGACCCACAAGAUUGGCUUCUCAUGGGAGCUAAAAUCACACUCAAGAUACCAAGCCAUAGUGUCACACUCACAAAAUGUUAAGGCCCCUAAAGUUGCAGUUUCACCCUUGGAUCUUGAAGAUGCAAAAGAACCUCCACUCAACUUAUAUAAGCCAAAGGACUCAUACACUGCAACCAUUCUCUCUGUUGAAAGGCUUGUAGGCCCCAAAGCACCUGGAGAGACUUGUCAUAUUGUAAUUGAUCAUGGUGGCAAUGUUCCCUAUUGGGAAGGACAAAGUUACGGUGUAAUUCCACCGGUUGGGAAAAGGAGUAGAAGAAUACUCGGCUGCAGAUAUGGAUGACAUUCGCGAAGAUUGGUCGACUUAUGCGGUUACCUCUAUUUUUAAGUGACAAAUCGUAUUUUAGGUGUUGACGAUGUAUUGACAAACAAUUCUUUUUUUUUGUUAACGUUAAAAUAUUUGUAGUAUACUUGACAAAUAAUUAUGUCAUGGAUUGUUUUGGUA